CUGUUAACUAACAUGCAUGUUGCAUUUAGAGAGCUGCUGGGCCAAAGGUUUGCAUUUUUAUUGUAUCCGCGCACGUGCAAUAAUAUAUAAAUGAAACACAAUUGAAUACGGGAAACCAAGGCGUGCAGGCUCAACUGCAGACGGCGCAAAUGGAUCAAUUCUCGCACGACUUGACGCUGGCCCUGGAGGAGACCUCGCUCAUGGACAGGGCGUGCGGCGUUGGUAGGUGGGGUUCACGUCGCAGAACCCGAUCAACGGGUAAUUUGCCUUGUGCCCCUCAACCCACAGAGGACUCGUCGAGCAGCCCCACGGACACACCGAAUGCCCACGGACAUGGACAUGGGCAUGGACAUAGCCACGGACACGGUCACGGGCAUGCACAACAUCACCACCAACACCCAAGUGCUAACGCAGACGGACUGGACCUUAAGCUGGCGGCCAGCGACUCGGAUGACAAGGCAGGGGCCAUGCUCCCGCUACGCCUCCCACUGCCAUGCAAGACCCUGAACGCCGCGGCCGCCGUACGCAUGGGCGUGGGGGCGCUCGAGUCGGACUCGCUCAACGAGACGAACUUCAGUCCAGCCCGUUUCUACAAACCCAAUUCGCGACGCAAACGAAAAAUAAAGCGCAUGUCCAUGGAGUUUGAGUUCAGCAAGGACACGCACCCAGCCGCCUCUCCGCACAGCUUCACGGAGUUACCCCUGCAGCCGGGAAUGUUGGGCGGCGCAUGCAGCGGCUUGGCAUUGGCCUCGACGGGGACGGUUCGCAAGCGCCUAAUAAAGGCGGACGCCGGCAAUCGGUCGAAUUUCUUUUUCUGCGGAAAGCGCAAGCGCUCCAAUCGCGACCGCUACAAUGAACAGGAGCCGGGCGCGGGCUCCAGCAUUGGUUGCAGCAAUAAGCAACACUCUUCUAGCAUGCCGCGCUACACCCACAUGGAGGAAUACCAGCGGAUGCGACCGCGCAGCUACUCGUCCACCUCCAAGCCGCACAGCGACCGCCUGUUGCCCCUCAACAAAGGACUGCUUUCGAAGAUCAAUCGCAUGGCGCAACAAACACAAAAGACUGACAAUGCUGAUGCCGACGCCACGAAGACCGGCCAGUCCGCUACAGGCCAGAAGCUACAGCCGGAGGAACUGGCCAAAAGCAAGUCUUCAACGGCCCGCGGAGAGCGCCAAACUGCUCCCCCAGCACCAGUUGACGCCGCUGCAUCCGUACUCACCGUCACCGACAUCCUGGGCAGCUUCAGUAUGGACACCAUAGUGCCCGUCACCGACAUCGAGGCUCUCCUGAGCACACCCGCAAAGGUGCCACAGGUGCCGCGCCAGCAAAAGAGUCACAGCCACAGCAACAGCGCCUCCAAGACCCAUCGCCGCCGCCGUUUCUGCCAGACACCGCAGCCUCUGCAGGCGCAGUCCAUGGACAUCAGCGAGCUGUACGACUUCCUCAGCUCGAGCUCACUGAGCACCUCAUCGGACAGCGAGGAUGGCGGCCAUCGGCGGCACGACACGGGCCGUGAGGGCGACGACGAGCUAACCGAUUGGCCGGGCAACGAGUUUGGGCCCGGGGGCAAGUAUGAUCCCAAGCGGAAGCUAACCAAGAAGUCGCUGCUUUCGCAAAUACGCUCGGACGAUACCAUUGGCGAGGACGACACCCUCAUGUCGGGAACGGAGACCACUGUAGCCCAGCUGGCCACAGAGAGCGCUCCUCAGACCCAGACGCCCUGGCUGCCGGAUGCACUGCAGGAUCUGUCCCGCUUUCAGUCCGCCCCAGCUUCGGAGCCCAUUGAGAUCCAGGGGGGGGCCAGCGGCUAUCGGAACGCCGCGGGCUUCGUCGACGUCAAUCUCUGCCUGGAUAUGGACAUCAAUGUGGACACCGUGCCGGCGCCGAAGCAAAUCGAGAGCGAGAUGUCCGGCGAGACGUCAAACCCAUUCCUCUCCUCCUCGCCGCCCGGUCAAGUGCAGGAGGUGCGCGAAAUCCUCGCCGGCUGCCGUCGCAUCAAUGGCGACCGGCCCGGCUUCAGCAUUAAGCUAAGUGUGAACGAGCGGCUCGCUCGCUUUCUACAGGAUCCGCGUCAGACCCAGAUCCGUCUGCCCGACAUGGAGAUCAACGAGGCCGACAGCCUCUACAAUUUGGCCAAUCUUUACUCCCUCACGAUGGUGGUAGAGCACGGCUGCACAGUGCUUACGAAGACAGGGAAUACCACACAGUCGGUCAGCGUGGAUCAUCCUCAACAGCGUGGCCUGCCGCAGCAUCCGGAUCUCUUUAGCGACUUUAAACGCCGCUGUUAUGGGGACGGUGAGGGUGGGGGAGAGGGCGAGGGCGAGGGCGAGAGGGAGAGGCAGAACGAAACUCCUGGCCCGCCAGGUGCCAAAGAAAUGGACAACAAAUGACUAAUCACAACCUGAACCCCGGACCAAUCCGUGGGGGAUUGACCUAGGGGCAGGACAGGGAAGUCGCUCCGGAGUUCAACUCUGAAGGAUUUCAGAUGCUGCCGCGCUUGCCCCAGCCCCAGCCCUAAGAGCGAGAGCGAGACAGAGAUAGAUACAGAGAUAGAUCGUUCUGACGAUACAACGAGUAAUAUUAAAGCUUUUAAGAGUGUGUUUGUAAAGUUUUCGUUCCCAUGUACAUAUCGAAUGAGAUUGUACGUUCAGUGUGUAUAUACUACAAUAUACUAUUGUAAAACUUGUUAGGUGACGAGGCCGAACAAGAUCCCACUUUUGCGCCUGCAUAAUCGAUCCCAUUCCCAACACAACCUGGGAUCGAGAGAGAUGGCAAGCGACGUGCCAUCGUACGAGAGCUGAAUGGCACGGCUGCUGAUGCACGGAUGUUUUUGGUCAGUUCCACUGUACAAAAUAUGAUAUGCCUGUUCCAUAAGACAUAAAAGGCGAAUAUUAAUAUAUA